UAUGUUUCCUUCUUUUUGCCAUUCUCUACAUUGUUUCCUACUUCAUCAUCACAAGAUACAAGAGAAAAUCAGAUGAACAAGAAGACGAAGAUGCCAUAGUCAACAGGAUUUCGUUGUUUUUGAGCACGUUCACUCUGGCAGUUUCAGCUGGGGCUGUUUUGCUUUUACCCUUUUCAAUAAUCAGCAAUGAAAUCCUGCUUUCUUUUCCUCAAAACUACUAUAUUCAAUGGCUAAAUGGCUCCCUGAUUCAUGGCUUGUGGAAUCUUGCUUCUCUCUUUUCCAACCUUUGUUUAUUUGUGUUGAUGCCCUUUGCCUUUUUCUUUCUGGAAUCAGAAGGUUUUGCUGGCCUGAAAAAGGGAAUCCGAGCCCGAAUUUUAGAAACUCUGGUCAUGCUUGUCCUCCUUGCACUCCUUAUCCUUGGGAUAGUGUGGGUAGCCUCAGCGCUCAUUGACAAGGACGCAGCGAGCAUGGAGUCUUUGUAUGAUCUCUGGGAGUUCUACCUACCCUAUUUAUAUUCCUGUAUAUCUCUGAUGGGAUGUUUGUUACUUCUCCUGUGUACCCCUGUUGGCCUUUCCCGCAUGUUCACAGUGAUGGGUCAGUUGCUGGUGAAGCCAACAAUUCUUGAAGACCUGGAUGAACAAAUUUAUAUUAUUACCCUAGAGGAGGAAGCACUCCAGAGACGACUAAAUGGACUGUCUUCAUCAGUGGAAUACAAUAUAAUGGAGUUGGAACAAGAACUUGAAAAUGUGAAGACUCUUAAGACAAAAUUAGAGAGGCGAAAAAAAGCUUCAGCAUGGGAAAGAAAUUUGGUGUAUCCUGCUGUUAUGGUUCUCCUUCUUAUUGAGACAUCCAUCUCGGUCCUCUUGGUGGCUUGUAAUAUUCUUUGCCUGUUGGUUGAUGAAACAGCCAUGCCAAAGGGAACAAGGGGUCCUGGAAUAGGAAAUGCUUCUCUUUCUGCUUUUGGUUUUGUGGGAGCUGCACUUGAAAUCAUUUUGAUUUUCUAUCUUAUGGUGUCCUCUGUUGUCGGUUUCUAUAGCCUCCGAUUUUUUGGAAAUUUUAUUCCCAAGAAGGAUGACACAACUAUGACAAAGAUCAUUGGGAAUUGUGUGUCCAUCUUGGUCUUGAGCUCUGCACUCCCUGUGAUGUCAAGAACACUGGGAAAGCCUGACCCUUAGGAUGUUCUCAUCUGUCCCUGGGAAUCCCACGAGCAGCACCCCAUCACU